AUGGGCAUGUCUGAUCCUCGUCCAAUCGAUUAUUCACCUUCAAACUCUAUUUCCCUUAGUAGUUCUAUCUUAACAUCCAUCAUUAAUCGAUCCACACCUGAUCUUAGCAGGAUUGAUGAUAUUGAUGUCGACAUUACCGACUUGACUUAUGAUUCUGAUGAAACUACUUCCGAGGAUGCUAUGAUAAUAGCAAAUGAUAAAACGAAUGAUGUAUCAUAUAUUUUAUAUACAACGAGUUCUGUCAAUACUUGUCCCUCAGGAAUGAAAUGUAUAUAG